AUGAAGAAACAGUUUAAUCGUAUGAGGCAACUCGCCAACCAAACAGUCGGAAGGGCGGAGAAGACGGAGGUGCUGAGUGAUGAUCUCCUCCAGAUCGAGAGGCGCGUGGAGCUGGUGCGCUUCAUGUCGCACCACACGCACAAGAGGCUGGUGGCCUGUCUGCAGGGACAGUUGGGCCCGGACACCGAGAAGAGACACAAAAAACUGCCCCUGACCGCCUUGUCUCAGGCCAUGCAAGAGUGCGGUUCUCAGCUCGGGGAAGAGAGCGUGAUCGGAAAGAUGAUGGAGGUGUGCGGUGAAGCAGAGAGCAGGUUGGCCAGUGAACUGAUGCUACACGAAUUGCAGAUCGAGAGAGACGUUCUGGACCCUCUCAACACGGUGGCAGAGGUGGAGAUACCCAGCAUACUAAAACAGAGGAAGCAACUCGCCAAACUGGUCCUGGACUACGACUCGGCCAAGACCAGGUGGCUCCAAGCGACCAAGUCCAGCAACCAGACCGUGGCGGCUAAAGUGGACUCCCUCAAAGACGAGAUGGACGAAGCGCUGAAUAAAGUCGAAAUUUGUAAAGACCAGUUAUCGGCAGACAUGUACAACUUUGCGUCCAAAGAAGGAGACUACGCACGCUAUUAUCUCAUGUUAUUAGAAGCCCAAGCAGACUACCACAGAAAAUCUCUGGCGGUUCUAGAGGAAGCCAUACCGUUUAUACAAUUUGAGCAAGACUCCUGGACGGAGAGACCGGCGUUCGGCACGGCCCUGGAGGAGCAUCUGAAGCGGAGCAACCGUGAAAUCGCCCUGCCUAUCGAGGCCUGCGUCAUGAUGCUGCUGGAGACUGGGAUGAAGGAAGAGGGUCUCUUCAGAAUAGCGGCGGGAGCUUCGAAACUCAAAAAGCUGAAAGCCGCGCUGGACUGCUCCACAUCCCAGCUGGAGGAAUUCUACUCCGAUCCCCACGCCGUCGCCGGAGCCCUGAAGUCGUACCUCAGAGAACUUCCCGAACCUCUCAUGACUUUUGCCCUGUACGACGAGUGGACGCAGGCCUCUAGCGUGUCCGACCCCGACAAGAGACUUCAGGCUUUGUGGGUGACGUGCGAUCGCUUGCCAAAGACUCACAAAGCCAACUUUAGGUAUCUCGUCAAGUUUCUGGCCAAGCUGGCUCAAGACCGCGACGUCAACAAAAUGUCUCCGAGCAACAUCGCCAUCGUCCUGGGUCCCAACCUGCUGUGGGCAAAGACGGAAGGGACACUGGCAGAAAUGGCCGCCGCGACGUCGGUCCACGUGGUCGCCAUUAUUGAGCCCAUCAUCCAGCACGCCGAUUGGUUCUUUCCGGAAGAGGUGGACUUCAACGUGUCGGGCAUGUUCGCCAUGCCCGCCCACUCGUCGACGUCGGACCAAGAACUGGACAGGAAGCGUCCCGGCAGCCUGGUGGGGCAAGACGGGGACACUCAGCCCCCCCGCAAAGACAGCGUCGUUAACAAACCUCCGGAGCCCAGCCCGCGUAGAGCCGGCAGCGCUAUUAGAAAGCAGCCGCAAAGCUCGCCCGCCUUCCGACCUCUGCCGCCUCACCGGGAAGGCGGGGGCGCCUCCCCGGAGCCCGAGCCCCGAGCCGCCGCCCCCGAGGCCGAGCGGCCGGGCGGCGAGGGCCGGGUAGUCGGCGCGCGAGAGGAAAGCAGUCCCGCCCGGGAGCUCGCGUCUACCCCGCCGCCACAGAGGAACGGUUCGGUCCAUCUUGCGGCGGGGAGUCAACAGUCUCAGGCGGGGUCCAGGGGGCCCAGUCCUCACAUGGUCCGCAGAGGCACCAAGAAGCAGGCUCCGGCACCUCCCAAACAAGCCAGUCCCUUUGCCACUCAGACCAGCAACCAAAUUCCGGGGUCACCGCAGCAGCAGCCGGCCAUCACCCCCAGACGUCCGUCGGGCAAAGAGAGCCCUUUCGGCGCCCCCAAUCACCCGCCCCCGCAGCCGCCCCAGCCGCAAGAGGAGGCGCCGCAGGUCUCGCCCCCCGGGACGCCCACCCCGCCCGGCACCCCUCCUCACGACGGCCCCCGCUCUCAGUACGCCUCGCUCCCUCGUCCCUCCCGGCCGGCGCCCAAGCCGCGGCCGCGCCCGAACAUGCCGCCGCCCCCGCAACCCGCCCUUAGCGAUGGCUGCAAUGGCCUCUUUGGCUCCUCGUCCAAGAUGAUCACAGACGGCGGCCUGGACCUUAAAGGCGUACGAAGAGCCUGGAUCCCGGACGUGGCGUGGGGUCCACCGCCGCCGCUCCCCACCGACCCGGCGCCGCCCCUCGACUCGGACCCGGAGAGCACCUCGCUCUGA